AUGGGUGUCCCCAAGUUCUUCAGAUGGCUCUCCGAGCGCUAUCCCGCAAUCUCUCAACUCAUCGCAGAGAACCGAAUACCCGAGUUCGACUGCCUCUACCUGGACAUGAAUGGUAUCAUUCAUAACUGUACCCACAAGGAUGCAGGUGAAGACGUAUCCUUUCGCCUCAGCGAGGAGGAAAUGUUCAUCCGCAUAUUCAACUACAUUGAACAUCUGUUUGGCAAGAUCAAACCCAAGCAACUCUUCUUCAUGGCUAUCGACGGUGUCGCACCGCGAGCCAAGAUGAACCAGCAGCGUGCUCGGCGUUUCCGAACCGCUCUCGAUGCCGAAAAGGCCCGUGAAAAGGCCAUUCGCGAAGGCAUCGAGUUGCCCAAGGAGGAGCCCUUUGACAGCAACUGCAUCACCCCUGGCACUGAAUUCAUGGCCAAGCUAUCACAGCAGCUGCGAUACUUUGUCAACAAGAAGGUAUCUGAGGAUACUGAUUGGCAGGGUUGUGAGAUUGUGCUUUCCGGCCACGAGGUCCCUGGUGAAGGAGAGCACAAGAUCAUGGAGUACAUCCGAAAUGCCAAGGCCCAGCCCAACUACAACCCCAACGUGCGACAUUGCCUUUACGGUCUCGAUGCUGAUCUGAUCAUGCUGGGUCUCCUCAGCCACGAUCCCCAUUUCUGCCUUCUUCGAGAGGAGGUGACAUUUGGACGUGAUUCAAAGAACAAGUCCAAGGAGCUUGAGCAUCAGAACUUCUACUUGCUCCAUCUUUGCAUCGUUCGAGAGUAUCUAGAGAUGGAGUUUCAAGAACUUCAAGAAGAAGGCGCUCUCAGUUUCCCAUUCGACCUCGAAAGAGUCAUUGACGACUUCAUUCUUAUGGCCUUUUUUGUCGGCAACGAUUUCUUGCCUAACCUGCCCGGGCUACACAUCAACGAGGGAGCAUUGGCAAACAUGUUCAGGAUCUACAAGACCAUCCUACCCAAGGGUGACGGAUACAUCAACGAGAAUGGAGUCAUCAAUUUGGAGCGUCUACAGCUCCUGCUUGGCGAGCUGUCGAAAACAGAGAUCGACAACUUCGAGAACGAUGUUUCGGAUGAAAAGUGGUUUGCCGCGAAACAGAUAGAAAAGGACAUUGGAAACAAGGGUGCUUCUGGGCGCAAACCCCCCAAGGGAGGACAGAUUGUCAUCACCUCCGCGCAACGGGAUCUUUGGAAGCAAAAGAUCCGGCCCUACAUCUCUAAGCGCUCUGAUGAGCCUCUGGAUCUCGGCACCAGCCUUAAGGCUGCUGACCGUAAGUUCGUCCAGGAUUUGGCAGAUUCUAUGCACCUCCAAUGGUCAACCAAGGAGGACGACGAGGGCCACCGUCAUCUCAUCGUGUCCUUCCCUCCCAAGAUUGACGAUGACGACGAAGAGGAGGAGGAGGAAGGCAACCUGGCUGCCUACCGAGUAAUGAAGACGUACGACAAGGCCCUGGUGGUCGACAUGACCCCUGAGGAUGCUGAAAAGCAUUACGAGAAACUCUACCAAGACAAGUACCAAGGCUGGAAGACCAAGUAUUACCUUCAGAAGUUUGAAGAGUGGGCUCCUGAAAAAUACGACAAGGAGCUUAUCGCGCUGUGCGAGAACUAUGUGCAAGGCCUGCAAUGGGUCUUGUACUACUACUACCGUGGAAUUGCCUCGUGGCCCUGGUUCUACGGAUAUCACUAUGCGCCUCUCAUCUCAGAUGUUGCCAAGGGUGUUGGCGCCGACUUCAAUUUCCAGAAGGGUCAACCGUUUAAGCCGUACGAACAGCUCAUGGGUGUCUUGCCAGACCGAAGCAAGAAGAUUGUGCCAAAGGUCUACCAUGACCUCAUGACUAACCCCGACUCUCCCAUCAUCGACUUUUAUCCUCGCGACUUUGAGCUGGACAUGAACGGCAAGAGGAUGGACUGGGAAGCUGUUGUCAAGAUCCCCUUCAUUGAUGAGAAGCGCCUAUUGUCAGCUAUGGCGACGAAGAAUGAUAACCUGGAGCCGGACGAAAAGGCUCGAAACGGUUUUGGUGUCCCCCUCAAGUUCACUUACUCACCUGACGUGGACUUUGUCUACCCGUCGCCUCUCCCUGGCGUUUUCCCCGAGGUUCAAAACUGCCGGUGUAUCGAAAACAUCUUCGAUCUUCCCGACAUGGAGGGCCUUGAUUACCUUGCCGGACUGACAACUGGCGCUUUGCUGAACGUUGAUGCUCUUGCUGGCUUCCCCUCGCUGCAUACUCUUCCCUACACUGCCCAGCUUCUCGGAGGAUUUGGUGUCAACGUUUUCCAACAGGACAGCAAGAAUCCAAGUGUCAUUGUUACCUUAACUGAUACGGAGAACCGCACCAAGACAGAAACCUGGAAGGCAAAGCUGGGCCAGCGUUGUUUCGUGGGCUAUCCAUUCCUCCAGGAAGCCAAGGUCAUGAAGGUCCAAGACGAGCUCUUUAGCUAUGAACUGGCCGACAAUGGCAAAGACAUUGUGACUAAGGAUCACAACAACAGGGAAGCCGCCGACUGGGCCAGGGAGUCUGACUUUCUUGAGAACAUGCACUCAAAGCGGUUCGGUAUCAUUAUUGGACAAGUUGAAUGCCUCAUCUAUGUCCACAUGCUGAAGGGUCUCAUCAGAACCGAGGAGGGCGCAUUGAUCAAGGAGUAUGCUGAGAACCCAAGUCUCAGGAGCACCUACGCUGCGCAGACCAUUGUUGACGAGGUUGUCAACGAGGACGAGCGCUUCCUCGAGAAGGCAGCAUUGCCUAUCGAGGAAGAGUUCCCACAGGGCACCCGGGCGUUCUUCCUUGGCGAAUAUGCCUACGGCCGCCCUCUUGAGGUCACUGCGCAUACCAACAACAAAGCAGAGAUUGUGGUUUCGAUGCUCAAGAAUAAGGAGCCCGAGUUCGCAAAGCAGAUCAUCCACCAGGCGGAGCGCAACAACCCUUACACUCCUUCGUUCGCUGUCGCAAAGCAACUGGGUGUUCAUCCUCUUGUGCUGAGCAAGAUAACUUCGUCCUACCAGGUCAUCAACUCUGGUGGGUUCAAGUUGAACCUUGGUCUGAACUUGAAAUUUGAGGGCCGAAAGCAAAAGGUACUUGGGUACUCGAGAAAGUCCCAUACCGGUUGGGAAUUCAGCGGCCUGGCGAUCCAGCUUAUUGCCAACUACAUGGUUACCUUCCCUGACUUCUUCGCGGCCAUCCAGAGGGAGCCCCAAAAGAGCGACGUUUACGAGACAGACUUGUGGCAGGACCCCGCCGUUGCGUCUCAGAAGGUCAAGGAAAUCGCUGCUUGGUUGAAGACGCAAAAGACGAACCAGUUUGAGCGUGUUCCUCUGGAAGCCGAACAACUUGACUCGGUGGUCGUCCAGGCUCUGGCCACCGUUGGAGAGCAGAUCCAUGUCGCUUCCCAGGAGAUUGACAUCAAGAAGCUGCGUGGCGUUCCUCGCUCGGCCCUCCUUAAGCCGUCCGACGCAGAGAUGGUGCUUGGCAGCCAGAACUUUGCCCUGGGAGACCGAGUCACGUAUGUUUCUGCCGCUGGAAAGGUGCCUAUUGCCACCCGUGGAACGGUUGUCGGCAUCAGCAGGACGGCCACGGCUCUUCUACUGGAUGUCGUCUGGGACACGGCUUUCAUGAGCGGAACUACGCUCAACGAGAGAGCUCCCAUGUUCCGUGGCCAGACUGUUGCCGCUUCUGCUGUGCUGAACACGACGGACAAGCAGGUCGUCUCAACCACCAGCAGAUCACAACAGCGACGGCCCGUUGCCACGGCCCCGGCGGGCGGGUACCAGAAUGUUGGCCACCCUCAGUACAGAGACGCCCCUGCUCCAGCGCCCCUGCGUGGUGGAUGGCGAGGAGCCUUGAACGGUACGCCCUCGCGUGGCCGAGGCAACGGGGCUCGUGGAGGUGGCCCUAACCUCGUCCACAGCACUCUGGUUUACCGCAACGGUCCUCCCGAUGGCGCACACCAGGGCCAGGACAACAACGGACAUGGCCAUCGAGGUCGGGGCAGUGCCCAUUCAAACGGGCGAGGUCGUGGACGCGGCAACCUGCAUGGCUCACCCGCUCCCGAUGCAGGAGAGCAAAAGUACGGCAACGUGCCGCCGCCUGCCAGCCUUGACCAACCACGAGGAAGGGGACGUAGUCGUGGACGUGGCGGAAGAGGCCGUGGAGGCCGUGGAAGAGGCAACGGAGGGGCUGCUGGUAACGCAACCCAGGGCUAG